GCGGCGGCGACGGUGGUCGUGAAGGGCAUCGGUGGCGGUGACGACGGAGAUGAUCUGAAGAUGGAAAGAGCGAGGCGAAGGGGAGGCGGCGGCGGCGGCGGCGGCCGUGGCCGCGGAGGCAAGAAUGUAGGGGGCUCUGGCCUAAGCAAGAGUAGACUCUAUCCCCAGGCCCAACACUCUCACUACCCCCACUACUCCACGUCAGCCACCCCUAAUCAGGCUGGGGGCGCAUCCGAAAUCCAGGAGCUGGCCUCCAAACGAGUGGACAUCCAGAAAAAGAGGUUCUACCUAGACGUGAAGCAAAGCUCCCGGGGCCGCUUCCUAAAGAUAGCUGAAGUCUGGAUAGGGAGAGGUCGGCAGGACAAUAUCAGAAAGAGUAAACUGACCCUCUCCCUGUCGGUGGCAGCAGAGCUGAAGGACUGUCUAGGCGACUUCAUCGAGCACUAUGCCCACCUGGGCCUGAAAGGCCACAGGCAAGAGCAUGGCCAGAGCAAAGAGCAAGUCUCCAGGAGGAGGCAGAAGCACCCUGCACCCUCCCCGCCUGUGUCCGUGGGCUCGGAAGAGCAUCCUCACAGCGUCCUCAAAACGGACUAUAUAGAGAGGGACAAUAGGAAAUACUACCUAGACCUAAAGGAGAACCAACGAGGUCGCUUCCUAAGGAUUAGACAGACCAUGAUGCGGGGCACUGGCAUGAUAGGUUAUUUUGGCCACAGUUUGGGCCAGGAACAGACUAUUGUCCUCCCAGCACAAGGAAUGAUUGAAUUUCGAGAUGCCUUGGUCCAGUUGAUCGAAGACUACGGAGAAGGAGACAUAGAAGAACGAAGGUGCGGAGACGACGACCCGCUUGAGCUCCCAGAGGGGACCUCUUUCAGAGUGGACAAUAAAAGGUUCUACUUUGAUGUGGGCUCUAAUAAAUAUGGAAUUUUCCUGAAGGUAAGUGAGGUGAGGCCGCCUUACCGUAAUACUAUUACUGUUCCGUUCAAAGCUUGGACAAGGUUUGGGGAGAAUUUUAUCAAGUAUGAAGAAGAGAUGAGGAAAAUUUGCAACAGCCAUAAAGAAAAGAGAAUGGAUGGCAGAAGGGCCAGUGGUGAAGAACAAGAAUGCCUCGACUAGCAUGAAAUUGAACUCCAUCAGGCAAAAUUUAGGAAUCAUUAAUUGGCUAAAAGUACUGAUCCAUAAUCAUUUGAAGAAGUUUUCCUCCUUUGGGCCCUAUGUUAUUAGUAAUACCUCUCAUAGUUUAUACUUCAAGAAGUCUGACUCUCAUGUUAUGUUAUACAUAGAUCACUAUAAUUCUCAGGGGAAUUCCAACCUCCCCAGAGCCAAAUAGUUUAGCUGCUUCAACUGCUCCAGACUAUUGAAGUAUGCAGAUCAGCACAAAAUGUGACAUUCUGACCUUUAAACACCAUAACUAAGAUUUACAUUGCACUAUGACAUAAUCCUGAAAAUGACGCAUAUACUUAAUAUGAAAGUGUGGAUUUCUAUUUAACAAAUCCCGCCCCCAAAGAAAAUCCCAUUUAUACUUUGUUAAAAGUUGCUAGGUUUACCUGUAGGGUAGUUACCACAGAAACAGAAAUUGACCUCAAGUAUAGUAUAUUUCUUUAUAAAGUUGUUUAUUGGGUAACAAUAUUAACUAGUACCACUAAAAGAUCAAAUCUUGCUAGAUAAUUAAACCUUUAAAAAUACGAUAUCAUAUUCCUUAACAGUUACUAUAUAUAGUAUUCUAUAAUUUCAAAUUUUGUGGUAACCCUACAGUUUUAGUUGCCAUAUCAAAGCCAUGGAAGAGUUUUAAUUCAUUAUUCUAAACUAGUUACAGUCUAAUCUCCUGUUUCCGGUACUAUAUAUUUUAUUGAUUUUCCAAAGCUUUGGCAAUCAUGUCACUGUUGAGGGUGGCUUCACCCAGUGGCUUUGCUAUGGAAAUUUUGAUGUUUUAGCCUUUUGUGAUAAUUUGCAAUUGCUUUUCCUUAAAAUCUGUUAUGGACUAUCAAAAUGUUGUAUUUUCUGCUUCCCCAUUCAUGUAUUUCAUAGGCUUGGUACACCAGUUUACUGGUGUAAAAAAAGAUCUGCUGAUAUAUUUUAGUAG